UCCGCUUUACCCUUUCUCUCGGCGGUGGGUCGGAGCCGCUGUCCCUAGCCUCGCAUGUUCCCCUCUAAAUUCCUGUUUUGAAUUCGAUGCCCCUCUUGUACAUUUGAUCCAUUUUCACGGCACCGCCUGUACACCGGUGUUUCAACCCCCUCCCCCCCCCCCUUCCCCACCACCACCACCACCCCUGUAUUCGUCGUUAGGAGACCCUUAACCCCCACAACAUGGCCGUGGUGAGCGGAUCGUCUGGGCCGGUUGCCCGGCUCGAGGGCCGUGAAUUCGAAUACAUGAUGAAAAAGCGCUCGGUGACCAUCGGCCGGAACUCGUCUCAGGGCUCCGUGGACGUGAGCAUGGGCCACUCGAGCUUCAUCUCCCGGCGGCACCUGGAGAUAUUCACCGCCAGCGACGACGGCACCGGCAGCGGGGACUUCUACCUGAGGUGUCUCGGUAAAAACGGGGUGUUUGUAGACGGAGUGUUCCUCCGACGGGGCGCCCCUCCUCUGCAGCUCCCGCGAAUGUGCACCUUCAGGUUCCCGAGCACAAACAUUAAGAUCACAUUCACGGCCCUGUCCAGCGGGAAGAAAUUUAAGCGCGAGGCUCCGGAGUCGCCGGUGAAACCAGUCCAGCCGCAGAUCUCCCCCCUCACCAUCAACAUUCCAGACAACAUCGCUCACCUCAUGAGCCCCCUGCCAUCGCCCACGGGCACCAUCAGUGCUGCUAACUCGUGCCCCUCCAGCCCGCGGGGUGCAGGCUCCUCGGGCUACAGGAUGGGCGGGCGCAUGGUCAGCUCCGCAGAGCUGCAGCUUAUGAACGAGAACUCACAGCCCGAGAACGACAAAGACGCCUCCGGAGGGGACAGUCCCAAGGAUGACUCCAAACCUCCGUACUCCUAUGCACAGCUGAUCGUCCAGGCUAUAACGCUGGCCACCGACAAGCAGCUCACACUAAACGGAAUCUACAAUCACAUCACAAAGAACUACCCUUACUACAGGACCGCCGACAAGGGCUGGCAGAACUCGAUCCGUCACAACCUGUCGCUGAACCGUUACUUCAUCAAAGUGGCGCGGUCGCAGGAGGAGCCGGGGAAGGGCUCGUUCUGGAGGAUAGACCCGUCCUCGGAGGGGAAGCUCAUCGAGCAGGCGUUCAGGAAACGAAGGCCCCGGGGCGUCCCCUGCUUCAGGACCCCACAUGGACCUCUGUCCUCCAGGAGUGCCCCGGUGUCUCCCAAUCACUCGGGCGUCCUCUCCGCUCACUCCAGCGGCGUCCAAACCCCCGACAGUCUGUCCCGAGAGGGCUCUCCGGUCCCCCUGGAGCUGGACACCUCCUCUGCUCCCGCUCUGGCCUCCAUACCGGCGGUCGGGCCCAAACUGGCAGUCAUCCAGGAAGCACGCUUUGCACAAAACACAUCAGGCUCGCCUGUCAACAACCAGCCGGUACUCAUAGCAGUCCAGCGUCAGUUACCUCAGACCAUCAAGCCGGUGACGUACACCAUGGCCUCCCCAGUGAGCACCAGCACCUCCCAGCCGGCGGUUCAGACGGUCCACGUCCUGCAGCAGAUCCCUGCCGGCUCCCUCAGCCCCGCCGUCAUCGCCCAGCAGGCCACCAUCAUCAACAAGAGCGAGCUGCAGGAGAACGGCGAUCACACGGAGGUCAAAGUCAAAGUGGAGACGGUUCCCGGCAUCGCCUCUAUAGGCGGCUCAAGUCGCAUCAUCCAGAGCACCCAGUCGGCCACCCCCCUGCAGACCGUCACCAUCGUGCAGCAGGCCCCCGUGGGUCAGCACCAGCUGCCCAUCAAGGCCAUCACACAGAACGGCACCCACAGCAUCACCACUGCCAUCCAGGGACCCAUCAGCGCCGCUCCAGUUGUGGCGAGCCCCCUCCACCUGCUGGCGGUCCACGCCUCCGCCUCGGCCUCCCUCCCCACCAAACGACAGAACGGGGACCAGGCAGCCAGCGAACAGCCGGACGCCAAGCGCAGCAAAACAGAGGCCGACGAGGCGGCCCAGCCCGCCGCCAGCGCAGACUCAGACUCGACCAACAACAACACCGGCAGCCACCUCGACUAGUCUCGACAACCCCACACAAAAACACCACACGACCCCCCUCCCCUUCCCCCCUUCACCAUCACCACCUUCAUCAUCAUCACCACCACCACUACCUUCUCCUCCUCCUCCUCCUCUCCUUCACGGUUGUUUCUCUCUUGUCCCUGUCGUUUCAUUUUGUUUCUCCUUCUCCUUUUACCAUUGACUCCCUGAGGUGCCAAACGGAGACGAUUCUUUUCAUUUCACUUCUGUUCAAGAGCGUCGAAAAAAGGAAAAGAAAGAAAGAAAAAAAAAAAAAAAAAGUCCACCCCUUUAAAGACUGGAACGUGGGUUGAGAACAAAAAAACAAAGAAGUCAAAGGUGUCCCCUGUGAGCCACUGAAACAGGAGAGUGACUUAAAAACACGACCACAGGAAGCCUUAACAUUUAACCCCUUAAAGAGCUGACCUCAAGCGGGUGCA